CGGAGUAAGCGACAGUUGGAAAGUUCAGAGGAAACUCAGAAUAUUGCAGAAGGCAGCCAUAUUAGCACAGCAGAAGCCAAUCUGCCAAGUGGAUCAUCUGAUGUCAGUAACCACGGAAACUUUAUGAAUGGGAGCCCCGGAGAUGGUGAACAACCCAGUAUUGUAACUGUCAGUUUAACCGACUUGGAACACAAUACAACAGCGGCCGUGAUCAAUGUCAUCACCAGUGAGGAAGAGCUCAGUGGUUCAGCUAAACAUCAUGACAAAGAACUGAAUCUGAACAAUAGUACAACAAGCCAUGGGAGCAAUCAGAUGUCAGUGUUUAGUGAUGAGGAUUUGCAAAGCGAUGGCCCUGUGGUCACCCACAACUUGGCCUCUGUCACUGAGACAGGAAAAAUAAAUGAAUCUGACUCAAGUUCUCGCAGUGAGACAGGAAGUAGCAGUGAAUCUGACUCAAGUUCCAGCAGUGAAACAGGAAGUAGCAGUGAAUCUGACUCAAGUUCCAGCAGUGAAACAGGAAAUAGCAGUGAAUCUGACCCAAGUUCUAGCAGUAAUACAGGAAACAGCAGUGAAUCUGACUCAAGUUCUAGCAGUAAUACAGGAAACAGAAGUGAAUCUGACUCAAGUUCUAGAAGUGAAAUAGAAAAUAGCAGUGAAUCUGACUCAAGUUCUAGCAGUGAAACAGGAAGUAGCAGUGAAUCUGACUCAAGUUCCAGCAGUGAAGCAGGAAUUAGCAGUGAAUCUGACUCAAGUUCCAGCAGUGAAACAGGAAGUAGCAGUGAAUCUGACUCAAGUUCCAGCAGUGAAACAGGAAGUAGCAGUGAAUCUGACUCAAGUUCUCACAGUGAGACAGGAAAUGACAGUGAAUCUGACUCAAGUUCUAGCAGCAAAACAGGAAAAAGCCGUGAAUCUGACUCCAGUUCUAGCAUGAGUGAAAGCUGUGAAUCUGAUAUAAGUUUGACUACUGAGACAGGCAAAAAGAUUGAGUCAGACGAAAGUGAUGACUCUUGUUCAGGCAGUGAGACGGACCAAAGCACAGCCGUAAGUUCUGACACCGAGGAGGGCACCAGCAGUGAAUCGAGUCGUCGCUCAACCAUUAGGAAAAAAGUCCCGGAAGCUUCUCUAAAGCCUUCUGUUGAGCCUGACACCCCAAGAAGAACAGCAGACAGCAGCAGUGACUCCUAUUCUGUCUCUAGCAGUGAAGAGGGGGAAAACAGUGACUCCGCACUCCAGUUUAAGAGUGCUUUGAGAAGCCCACACUUUGUUUGGGUCAGUGUGGGCAGUGAAGUCCAAAACAAUCCCAGCUCAGCGCUAACCUUAAGCAGCCAUGGAAACAGCAGUGAAGAUACUCAAAAGGUGGAUUCACGCUCCAGUGCUAGCGCUAGCAGUGAAUACAGUGCUAGCAGUGAAGACGCCUCUGGUGAUGGUGAUGAAGAGGAUCGUAACAGUGAUUCUGACUCGAGCUCGAGCAGUGAAGAAGACAGUAAAGGAAGCUUAAAAGACUCCAGUCCUAGCGCUGCUCCCGCUACCCAGGAGAAUAACGACAUCGGCGAAAACCGCGAUGCUAUCAGCGUGAUUCAGCUAAGCAGUGCGUUAACCUCUAGCUCCAGCAGUGAAGGCCAGCUCAGCGAGUCCACCUCGAACUCCAUCUCUUUGCCAAACCCCAGCGCGGAGUUCGCCGCUGGCUUUCUCAUUACCUUAAGCAGCGAGUCCAGCUCUAGCAGCGAGGAAAGCCAGGAUUCUGCCUCCAGUGCACCGAGUCCAAGUCCGCGCUCCAUGCCCGACUCCAGCAGCGAAGAGAGUAAAAGCAGCGAGCCGAGCCCCGUCAUCGCAAACACGGUGAGUCUGACCACCGAGCUCGGGUCCAGCUCCAGCAGCGCGGCUAGUUCAAGCGCGGAGUCUGGAAGCAAAGAGACAGACGGACACAAGCUCAGCUCCGGAACCGAAGCACGGCUAAGCAGCGAUCGCGAAUCUAGCCAUAGCAGUAGCACCAAAGAGGCUAACAGCAACAGUGACUCCGGUUCUCGUUCCGAGGACAGCCAAACCAGCGUCUCGUUUUCCAGUUCCACCAGUAAGGAAGUGAAGCACAAUGUGCCAAACUCCAGCUCUAGCUCUAGCGAUGGCGGUAAAGACACCCAGUCCGGCGGUGAGGGGGGCAAACAGAACAAGGAGGAACACGCUAGGGCUGUGUCCAGUUAUUCACUUGACACAGCCAGCGUCAGAACCUUUCUGAGACAGCUGAACCUGGAUAAGGUGUUAAAGCUAAAACCCUUCCUGCCUGUGCUAAUUACCCAGCGCAAACCUACAGGCCAUCGGAUGCUAACCAGCAGCAGCAGCAGUGAGAGCCUUAGCAGUAGCCAGAGUACGGACAACAGCGAGGAAAGCAAAAAAUGAGAUUAACAAAAAUAUCUGUGAGCUUGCUUGUCUCAUUCUUGUAGAUCAGUGUUAUCUAAGUGCACGAGCACGUUGGAGCCAAGCCUUGAAACUUUAAUGAAGGACAGUGAGUAAAUAGGGUGGAAAUGUUUAUGUAUUGAUUAUAAACCACAAAUACCUCUGUAACAAAAUUGCCCAACAGUAUAUAGCAUUUAAUGCUUGUAUUCAGUCCAGGUGCUGGGCUGUUUGUUUGUAACUGUGAAUAAGUAUGUUAUACCCAUUUCAAUUACUCUGUUCAUAGUGUUGUGUAAGUAUUAAAAUUGUGCACUUUGUUGAAUUUGUUACCUAUAAUUAAAAUGUAAUCAAGUUGAACACCUGACACAUGAUGGUAUUCUCAUGGUGUUUGGAAUGUGCAAUCUCUUAUAUGACAAUACCUCAAUACAAAAACCAACUGUGCAUUUUAAAUGUAGGCUACAGACAGUUCAAGUUUCAUUUCUGUGACAUAAUGCACACAUGUCCAAUGUAUAAUACAGAUAUAAAUAAACGGACUUUUGUUACUUUUUACCGUCAAUAUUUGUACCUGCACGAUAAUAUAUCUUGUUAAUUUUGUAUUAAUGGAGAUUAUUUGAAAGUAAUUGGUUGUAAGAAAUGGCUGCCUACCAACAUUAGGGUGUUUCAGUGAGCUUAUGAAUCCCAUCUGGGACUAAGGCUUGUAUUCAAACAACAUUUAUCAAUGACUGGCAAAUAAAUUCAAGAAUGACUCUCCAGUG